AUGUCGUCUUCAUUCGCCUUCAUACCGCGUAAAGUCGCAAAGCCCAAAAAGACAGAAAGCAAGGUAAAAGAUCCAUUAGGAGCACAAGGUUCAGCGUCGUCCUCACAACAGCCCACGUCGGCUACAUCAUCUAAAGGCAAAGAAAAGGCGACGACUGUCGGCGAUGGUCUUCCUGGCUCCAACGACGGGGCACCGCAACGUGUUGGGAAGGGUGUAGACGACGAUAGAGAAGGCAGGAAAGCCAAGGCAGCGCCUAGUAAACCGCUGGUGGAUGAAGGAGACGCGGUUCUGGUUUGGUUGGCGUUGUCGGACUACGCGCUUUGGUCGGAUGGAGAGCUGAGGAGGAGGUUAACACGGACUGCUGGGACAGCGGAGGACGUUGUUGAUACAGAUGUAUCCAUGUUCAAUCCCACUGGCAACGAUGGAUACAUUUCGCUCAAAUUCCUGUUGAACCAUUCACCAAUCCUAUCGCCCUUGAAGAAACUUGUUGGGACAUCUCAAACUCCCUUGAUCAAACUCCUGCGAUCCCAAACACCCAACCUUUUCGAUGUACAGCUCAUAGUCUCGGAACCUCAGCCAUGGUUCAACCGACACGGCUAUGCUGCUUCGUCAAGCAGCUCCUCUGGGCCUAGCGGGUACGAAAUCAGGAGGAAGGAGUGGUCUGACUUGGGAUACACCAAGAACGAUUGGGAGGAACGCACAAUAUACAUUGAACACGUCCCCAUAGAACACCGCACGGUUCCCAGUCUCGUCAAGUUCAUUCUAUCCCUGCUGCCAGAAGGUCACAGUAAGAAGGACGCGUCAUCACCACUUCUAAACUCCCUCCAGCGCGUUCAACACGUCCAUCUCCCACCACACCACCAAGCCAAACCAAGCGAAAUCCCGUCAUUCAAAGGAUUCGCACUCAUAACCUUCCUUCACCUGGACGACGCCCAACACUUUCUUCGAGCAUAUCCAUGGAUGCCCGAUGAAUCAGCUCCAUCUUCAAACCCUGAGGUUUCUAGCGAACUGUCGAAAGAGGGUGCCGAAGCGUCGCAGAAGGCUUUGCAAUAUGGAUUCAGGACUCUGAGCAAGAAGAAAUGGGACGCGCUACGACAAGAAUACCAAGCGUAUCGUCAAACGUUGGUCUCGGAAAUCAGCGCUUUCCAGACGAAGCCCAAGCCAACUAGUGUGGCCCCAACGCGAACCGACGCGGUUCGACCACCUCCCGAUUCGAAGCCUCAACCGACAGCUCCAGUAACGAAGACUCAAGAGGCUGUUCCACCACCAGCCACAGACGAGUCCAACUCUUCCAUAACCAACAGCUCGCCCUACCCUUACGGCUGCCUCGUCUUCAUCAAGAACAUCCACACCGAGACGAACAAAACGACUCUCAAAACACUCUUUGGUCGAGCUCUCGUUCCUGCAGGGGUUAACCCCACAAGCCCGGAGUCGGGCCUUGAUUAUGUCGAUUUCAACAAGGGAAUGGACACAUGUCACCUCCGUCUGAGCACACCUCAGCAAGCCGAAAAGCUCGCCUCUCAUUUCAACAACUCGCCGAUCAUCCAAACAAGCGGAUUGGACGACCAAGGCUCUCCAUCCUCCGAAUCCACCUCUAAGAACCCUGAUUUGAAACCUAUCGCGAUUGAAAUCGUGCGCGGAAAACGAGAAGAGAUGUACUGGCAGAAAGUACCAGAGAAGAUUCGGAGGGGUGCGGUUGAAAAGUCUUUGCGAUUACUUUCUGGUGCGGGGGAGGGAGAUGUAGUUGGUGGAGAAGAGGCUGGGGAUUGCGAAAGUACGAGGCCGAAGAAGAAGAGGCGGAAGCGGUAG